AUGUAUUGGUCGCAUAGGGUGAAGCGCAGCAUCGGUCCCGGCUCGACCGGAAGUUCGCCGCCGGUCAAGAUUCCGGCGCGUUCGAGCCGCGAAGCGCCUUCGAGCGCGAAGGUCCUGCCCCGCGACACAGAAAUCAUCUCGACUGCCGCGCUGCGGAACGUCGUCAAGGAUGUGGUGGCAGAGUACGCGGUCCAGAUUACGGCGCAGAUCGACGCCAAGUUGACUGCCGCCGCCGACGCGACUGCCGCGGACAUGGCGCUGCUUUCGGCGCGCGUGGAUGCAAUGCACAACGAAAACAUGGCCGCGCAUGCGUUGACACAGCUCGCCGUUGGAGGCGUCCAAGGCGGCGUCCAAGGCCUCGAAGCUAUGGCUUUCGAGACCGCUGAGGUGGUCCAAGCUGUCUGCACGGACGUUGCCCAGACGCGCUGCACGAUUGAAGACCUCACGGUGCAAGGGCUGCGCCAGCAUUUUGCAACAUCGACGACGGUGCUCGAGGCGCACGAUACCCUCGUGCCACCAGCCUUUAUUUUGACCCACUGCAUUCUGUCGCCGGGCACCAAGAAGGCGCCGCGGCUGCCGGACGGGUACAAGGGCCCGUACUACCUCUAUUUUAUCGACCAUCUGACACGUCACCCGGCGAUCGACGGAAAGCCGAUCAAGGUCAAGAUGGCGUCGCUCACGGGCACGCUGCUCUAUGGUUUGAUCACGUACGCCGAGGUCGGGCUCGAGUGGGUCGGCGCAAUCAACAACGCGGUUCUCUUGACCCCGUUCGGGUCGCUCGACGACGCGGCUGUCGCCACGGCCGGGCUCGAGACGACCAAGUUUGCGCUGCAGCAGUUCAAGUCCGUCGCGACGGGGCUGACGCAGGAAGACGUCAAGGCGGGCAGUGCCGCCUUUCGCGAAUUUGUUUGCGAGGCGGACCCGAAGAACGUGUUUGGCGGGUUGAAGCGCUACGCCCUUGUCGACGGCCCCGUCGUCUGGUGCCUCGAGGCGUCGAUGAUGGCGUACCGCGAGCUGCUUGUCACCGAGCUGAAGAACCGCUAUCCUAUCCGCGACAACAACGACGUCGACGACAACGACGACGACGACGAUAACAACAACGACGACGACAACAACAACGACGACGACAACAACAACAACGACGACAACAACAACAACAACGACGACGAUGACGACGACAACAACGGCGACGACAACAACAACCAAUGA